AUGGUCGUCCCGACGAGUAUGCUCGCCGCCGCAGUUGGGAAGAGGAAACGAGGCACCGGGCCGUCUCGUAACCAGAAGCUGCAGGCGAAGCGCUGCCGCGAACGGAACCAGGCUGCCGCGAAGAAGCGCAAGACGUCGUCGGGGGCUGUCACCACGAAGCGCACGCCGAAGACAUCACCGCGCAAGCGCAAGACACCGGUGAAGCCCAAGCCGACGUGGACGCGCACGACUGUCAAGAUGAAGCUGCGGCCGUUCUGCAAGGACGAGGGUCUAGCGCUCGCUUGGGACUCGGUGCUGAGGGACAUGAACAAGAUGGUGGCGGAGACUUACAUGCUGGCUGCCGUCCACAUGGUUCGUUGCUGCGAGCAAGGUUCCGACAUCCCCAUCUUGGCGCGUUCCUUCUACCAGCAGUGCUUGUCGGCCGUGAGCGGGGGGAACCUGCACCAUCCACUAGCGACCAUGACUGAAGAGUUCCGCGACUCGGUGGCGAUCUACAGCGCGUGGCGAGGCGAGAGCCCGAUCCCCAACAGGGACGCCAUCAAUCGUGGCUGGGCACAGGUGGCGGCCAAGCGCAUGGCCCAUGAAACCCAGAACCAUCUCCAGCUCAACUUUUACCGGCGCUUCAAACAAUACAUCACGCUCCGCUACGGGCUGGCUGGCCGCGAUCGCUACCUUGUGCUCAAGGGCAUCCUCGACCCCGAGUACGACGGAGACAACGAGAUCGUGCUGGAGUACAGAGAAUUGAUCCCCCGCAAUGAUGAAGGAUAUCUGGAUCAGCGAGCUAGCGAGCUACUCCCGCUUGUGCACAUGUUCCUCACUUUCGUGGAGGACCACAACCGCGAGCACGAAGGAGAACCGGCGCGUGGCGGCAGCUCUUCAACUGGCCGCGAUCCGACCCGGACGAUCGUCGGCUUUGGGGACUGGAGCUGCUCCGACUUUGGCGGCGUGAUCAAGAAGUCUCCGGGCGGCCCCUCCGAGCGGUUCAUGCGUGAGCUCUCGAACUGCCGGGUGGAGAUGGAGUCCGAGUACCGCACCAGCAAGGUGCACCACGGCUGCAGGCAGGCGCACCCCGGCGACCUCGUGAACCAGUACCAGCGCCAAGAGUGCCGAGACGGCGUUGUUCGCAAUCGCAAGAUUCACAGUGUACUCCAUUGUCUUCGCAACAAUGGCGGAUGCGGUAUUACUGUGAACAGCGAUUUGAACGCCUCUCGCAACAUUCUACGCGCCUUCGAGCUACGUCUGAGCGGGCAGCCACGCCCGCCAGAGCUAACCAUGCUGGCCCGAUACUCGCUCCGACUACCCAAGGCUGCUGCCCGCUGCAUCAGCUCGCCCACGCCCGCGCUCGUACUACAGCAGACGCCCGCCACCUCGGGCGGCUCCGCCAAGACGAGCGUGCCGCCGGUCUCCCAGGGCGAGAAGGCCUGGUGCGACAUCUACGGUAUCCAGGAGGCGCUGCACGAGUCCCCGGUCGCCGCGCAGGGCUCCGCCAAGCAGGUCAACUACUCCACGUCCAGCGUGAACCCCCGCAGAGCAAGGCCGAUCUUAAAUGUGGCACCAUAA